AUGGUGAACCUAUUCAGGCGGAUGCGGAAGCUCAAUGCUAUCCUCGACAUCCGCGCCGGCACCGGAGCCGCCAUCCUCCCCAACCUCACAUCCGCCACAAAAGAAUUCCCCGCCGUGACGCGGCUGCACCUGACAUACGCGCAAAAGAUCUACCAAGGCCACGCCGGCGCGCGACAUUUCUGGCGCAAAUGCAUGCCACGUCUGAAAUACCACAACCCGGGCAUCUCGAUGACGGUGCGCCAAACACAAGACCAAGAAGUACCCGCCACAUUGACGAUCUACUUUGCCGAGCGGAUCAGCAGCACGGCCAACGCGCUGGUUGGCUCGACAGCCCUAACCGAUGCCCAUGCACCGCCACCUGAAAAGGCUGAGAAGACGGCUGUGAUGAACCUCAAGGAUCUCUCCUGGACGGAUAUCUGGACGCGCGUGCAGGCUGCGACGGGGGUACAGGAGAUUGCGACUACGUCUGAGGAUGCGGAGGCAUUGAAAAAAUUGGAGGAGAUGCGGAUUAAGGGGGAGAAGGAUAAGGUGCGCGUGCAGAGUAUGCGGCAAGCGAAGAAGGAUCAGGAGCGAAUGCUUGCUGAGGCGAGGGGUGAGGUUGAGAAGCUCAAGCAGACCUAA